GGCCGAGCGAGGGUGUCAGUGUCCGUUGAGGGAGAAAUCCAGACCGGGCUGUUCCGUAUCUAUGUUAAACGACUUAUUUUGACGCAAAGCAAUUAAUUGAGUGUGUGUCUGUGCGUGUAAGUCAUUUGUUUCACACGCUUAUCUAGUCAUUACUCAACACCGACAACUCACGUGUCAUUUGUCCGUAGGUUUAUCAAUUAUUUGAGUUCGUUGCCUGCUGCAGGGAAGUUGUUGUACCUAAAAUUUUCUCAUACCUAGUGUUCUUGCCAAUAGACGAACGUAAGCGACAGUAAUUUUUUUAGAAAUGGUUAAACAAAAUCAAAAACUAUCCCGCUGGUAUUUUGGUGGAUUGGCUUCCGCAGGUGCUGCAUGUGUCACCCAUCCGUUGGAUUUGUUGAAGGUCCAUCUACAAACACAGCAGGAGGGUAAAUCAUCUGUAUCGAAAAUAACUUUGAAGAUAAUCAAACAACAAGGCGUUUUAGCACUUUACAAUGGCCUCACAGCUUCCCUUCUACGCCAGCUCACUUAUUCGACAGCCAGAUUUGGCUUUUACGAGGUGGGAAAACAAACUCUGGAAACUCCAGGCUACAGUUCGCCUUUUCACCAACGAUUAUUAUUGGCUGGCGUUUCAGGCGCUGUCGGAGGAGUUAUCGGUACUCCUGCAGAUCUUAUUAAUGUACGAAUGCAAAAUGACAUCAAAGUAUCGCCCGAGCUAAGAAGAAAUUACAAACACGCGUUGGACGGCCUGUUCAGAGUAUGGAAAGAGGAAGGCUUUCUCAGACUUUUUAAUGGUUGCUCAACUGCGACCAGCAGAGCGGCCCUCAUGACUAUCGGACAGUUAAGCUUUUACGAUCAGAUCAAAAUGCUAUUAUUACAAUCUGGCAUGUUCACUGAUAGUCCGACCACACAUUUUCUGUCCAGUUUAUCAGCGGGUGCGAUAGCGACAACUUUGACUCAGCCUCUGGAUGUCCUCAAGACUAGAGCGAUGAAUGCCAAGCCUGGAGAAUUCAAGAAUAUGAUCGAUCUCAUACUUUACACUGCUAAACUUGGACCUCUGGGAUUCUUCAAGGGGUAUAUACCUGCAUUUGUUCGACUGGCGCCUCAAACAAUCCUGACGUUUGUUUUCUUGGAACAACUGAGAACAAAUUUUGGUUUCACACCUAAACUUCAAUGAGAAACGGCAAUAGGAAUACAAUAUUAAUCUAGGUUUACGUAAAUAUGAUUAUCAAGUUCAGCGGUAUUGGAACGGGCAGGUGUUUCCAGCCUGCUUGUGUGAUUCGGAAGAGAAUAUAUCGAGUUAUCGAUGUAUCAGAGAGGGAGAAUUUGACAAAUAAUCAUUUCUAGCGAAAUUGUAAAACUUGGAUGUUCCGUGACUAAAGUUGACGGAGAAAUAAUCUGCACUAGCAAAUUAUCAUACCGUAUGAUGCGAUUACCAAAAAUGAUUACCUGUAUGCAUAGGUAUAUAGGUAUACAGUGUCUGGAGUAUAGGUACAAUUGUUUUUAAAAGGUUUUAUCGUUAUUAAUUUAGAUUAAGUCUACGGGAUGGACUUUGGUUUAUAUCAUUAAUCAUUUCAUUAUUCAAUAUAUUCCAGAUGUGCAUUCCACAAAACAUUAUUUUUGCGUAUAUGCUGGCAUAUAUAAUAUAUACAUGGAAAUACUUUUGUUGAUAUUUAUUUGGAUAUAUACGUACCACAGAUAUAUAUAUAUAUAUAUAUAUAUAUAUAUAGAUUCUUUUUCAUUCAGCAAUGUGGCAUAUACCAUGCUAUUAACAAGUACGUAUUGGAAUGGUGCCUAAAAGAUUUGAUUUAAUUUUGCAAUGUUUUUAUUCUAUUUCGUCAAUUUGUUUCCAAUCUAAAUUCGCCGAAUAUCACCAUUCAAAAGUUGUCUAACACAUUUUAAAUUGUAAAGAACAAAAAUAAUUAUCAAAACAAAUUUGGAAGAUUUUCUCUGUUAAAAAACAAAAAAAUGUAAAAUAAGCGGUACAGAGUAAGAUUGAAAGACUGAGCAAGGCGAUUUCUCUUUUUUUUGGGCUUCAUCCUCAUCCGUAAUCCAAUUACCAUCAACCAUUGUUCAUCAAUAUAUUCCAGGUGCUAAAAAUUCACCGAGUUUUCAUGUCACCUAGUUACGUUCAUGUUAUCGACUAAAUUAUUGUAGAGAUUCAACGUAUAAUAAUGAAUCAAUAAUCCAUAAAAUGGUAUCGUAAAUAAAUAUCAAUUGAAAGAAUAAAUAUAGUAAGAAAACAAAUUCAACGCCGUUUAAAAUUAAAUGACCAUCAAAUGUCUAGUACAAACUGACAAGAUACAUUAUUAUGUAUACAUUUCAUUAUGAGGAUUCUAUUUUUGCUACUAUUUAUCAAGAAAUGAUAUACGGUGGUUUGGAAAGAUGUCUGGCCAUUCGAUAUUGAUAUCUUUCAUUUUUCAGAAAUUUAAUAGACAAAUUACUGAACGAUUUAUGCUCAGUUACACGACCAGUAAAAAUAAUAUUUCAAUCAAGGCUUGCUUUUUGGCAUAUACAUACAUUCACAAGUUAUUAUUAUUGUUUUAGGCAUUUUUCUGUCACGAUUUUACAACUUCGCUUUUUUUCUUGCUCUGUUUUUAUAAAGUAUCUACCAUAAUGAUAUUUACAGACACAUAGCUAUUACAUCCUUGAUCACUUUUAAAAUUUGCAUAUGCGUCAUGUUGCGCAGCAAGCCUUGAUUCUUUUUUAUCGUUAGUUCAUUUUCACUUUCUCUAAUGGAAUCAUUUACAUUAAGUAGCUUUAGACCUCGCUAUGGUGAAACAUUCAUCGUUACAGAUCUGUUCCAAUCAAUUUCUCUUUUUCCUAUUCCUUUUUUUUUUUUUUUUUUCCAUCUUAUACACUUGGUGCACUGAUCAUUGGACUAUUAUUUAACCAGCAAGGUGUUGCACAAUAACAACAUGUCUAUAGACAA